AUGGAACAAAAUGUUUUAUUAGAUGACAAAAUUAUUCACCAAGGAAAAAUUAAACUAUUAGAUCUCAAGCCAGAUGUCGAAAUUCCGGUUGAUCUAACAGGAGUUGUCAAUAAAAGCAAACCACCUAGACUUUAUUUCAAAAUAUUACCAACAAUUCCAAGAGAUGUCAUGAGAGACUGGCAUUUGCGUGAUCAUACACUCUACAUCUCAUUAGAAUAUGAUCAAAAGGCCGAUGCUUUGAGGAAGCCACCAGCAUAUUUAGAACUUGUUUCAGUUGAUAGCAUUCAACAUAGAAUUAGGAUUUUUGGAGGAACUCGUAAACCAGAAAGCUGGAUCAAAUACCCUAAGAAACCAGUAUUCCUCAGUGAAAAUGGUCCUACUAAUGUUUUUAGAAUUUGUACUAAAAGAGCUCCAAAACAAGCGUUUAUUCCUUUGGUCAACGUCACAAGACACAUAGAAGGAAACAUGCAUAUUAAAUUCUGGGCAUGCUCGAAGGAAUCCAAAGAUCACGACUACAGAAAACUGAAAUUAGAAAAUCUCUAUCCACAAUUGAUUUUGGAUGACGUAAUUGAAAUCGAUGGGCCUGGAAAAUACUCUGCAGGACACGUUUAUAUGCAGGAAAGUAAGAGACCACCAAAAUUCAUAAAAUUUACACCAAGACAAUUAGCUUUUCGCGAAAGCCUCAUAGAUUUUGCUAAACACUUCGGACCAAUGGUCUUUGAAUCAUAUCUAUCUUGGCAAGUUGAUUUUCUUGAUAAUGAAAUUGUUUAA